AAGUAUCUUUCUUUUCUGUUGGAUGUAGGAGUGAUGGGGAAACCACCUAUUCUGUGUGAAACAGAAAUAAAGCAUUCGGUAGCAGAAGGAAACAAAACAUCUGAUAAAUGGAAGCCAUGAAGAUAUCAAAGCGGUUCUUUGCGUUUGGGAUUUUGGCAUGCAUAGCAUUUUAUGUCGCAUACAUGAAAUGGCACUUGGAUUCCAAAGCGCUUGUGGGAGCAACGGAAGGAAUUGCUGAAAGCACUGGAGACAAAGUGAACCGUCAGGCGCUGACCUCAGAUCUCUCAGUCUUCUAUGGAAUCAUGUUUGAUGCGGGAAGCACAGGAACUCGCAUUCAUAUUUUUAAAUUUACACAGCAGCCAAAAGAGACUCCCAAGUUAACCCAUGAGACGUUUAAAGCGCUGAAGCCAGGUCUGUCUGCAUAUGCUGAUGAUGUCGAAAAGAGUGGACAAGGAAUAAGAGAGCUCCUGGAGGUGGCGAAGAAGGAAGUUCCUAUGGAACUCUGGAAGUUUACUCCUCUGGUCCUGAAAGCUACAGCUGGCCUGCGGUUGCUGCCAGGAGAAAAGGCUCAGAAAUUGCUGAAUAAGGUGAAGGAGAUUUUUCAGGCUUCCCCCUUCUUCGUGAGGGACAACUGUGUGUCGAUAAUGAAUGGAACUGAUGAAGGUAUUUCAGCCUGGAUCACAAUAAACUUUUUAACAGGUAGCUUAGAUGAUCCGCAGAAGAGAAGUGUAGGAAUGCUGGAUUUGGGUGGUGGAUCAACGCAGAUCACCUUCCUUCCACGCACUGAGGCAACUCUCCAGGCAUCACCAGCUGGGCAUACAACUUCAUUUCAGAUGUUUAACAGCACCUACAAGCUGUAUUCCUACAGUUACCUGGGACUUGGGCUGAUGUCAGCAAGGCUUGCCAUUUUAGGAGGAGUUGAAGGAAAACCCUUAGGAGAAGGUGAGGAACUGAUCAGCCCCUGUUUACCACCUGGCUUCAAAUCUGAGUGGCAACAUGCUGAGAUAUUGUACAAAAUUAAAGGACAGAAGGCAGGUGAGCCUCUGUAUGAAUCUUGUUCUAACAAAGUGGCAAAGAUGCUCUACAAGAAAGUACAUAAAGCUGAGGAAGUGAAGGACUUGGACUUUUAUGCUUUCUCCUACUACUAUGACUGUGCAGCAGAGGUUGGUCUCAUAGAUAAAGAAAAAGGAGGAAGCUUAACUGCCAAUGAUUUUGAAGUUGCAGCUAAGUAUGUGUGCAAGACCAUGGAAAUCAGCCCUGGAAGCAGCCCCUUUCUCUGCAUGGACCUCACAUACAUCACCUUUCUCCUGCAAGAACUCGGCUUCCCAAAGAGCCAAGUCUUUAAGCUUGCCCGGAAAAUCAACAAUGUUGAGACGAGCUGGGCAUUGGGAGCCACCUUUCAUUAUAUUGACUCACUCAAUAGACUGCAGUACUAAAGCUCCUUGAAGGUGACUUUUGGGGAUGUUGGGUUUUGGAAGCACAACACAGGGAGAAUCUGUUGAAAGGGUCUGCUUUUGGCUUCCUGAGUCCCUUGGGAGGUUCUCAGAAGCUCCGCUCCUUCCCUGCCAAGUCCCAUCCAUCACAAGCUCUUUUUUUACAGUGCAUAGUGCAGUUUCUAAGGAAUAAGCCUUGAUUGUACAUCAUCUGUUGUCAAAUUCCUGUAAAACUUGAUCAUCAUUGAAGGAGAACCAGCACUCUGCAGAACACCUAUGAUCUCUAUGAGAAAACCACACCUUUUUGAAAUGCGCCUGUACUAUUCACUUGUACUGUGCUGAAAUCAAUGCAGUAAAUGGUCAAUACAGAAGGAACUCUUUAUGCUCUUUUCAAGGUGUUUUUUCCUGUUUGUCAGCAGUUUCCAGUGAUAAUUUUUAUUUUGCUACUUGAAUGUUUGAAAAAGUGUGCAUGUGAAUACAGUGCAUUUACACAGAUGUGCUGAUGACAGGCAGCAGCUUUGAAAUGCAGUGUGGAAGUCUCAGCUCUGGUUUUCAAUUGCUGAAGCAGCAAAGUUUGGGAGCACUGUAGAAGCAGGAUACAGACAGGCAUGAAUCAGAGCGUAUAUCUGCUAUAGGACUAAAGUAUGGAUGUCCAACCUUUCGGCUUGUGUAAGCCACACUGAGUGAAGAUGAAUUGUCUUGAGCCACAUAUAAAAUAAAUAAUAUACUUAA